CCCUCACGAGAAGAGCUCGGAAAAAGAGAAAGCUAUCUCAUCGAUGAGUUCUUGGGCGGCGACGACGACGGCGACGGCGACGGAGACGGCUGAGGUGCCGGAAGGGUUCGCUCGGGAGGCGAUCUUAGCUUGGUAUAGAGGGGAGUUCGCGGCGGCGAACGCGAUUAUCGACGCGCUUUGCCGGCACAUCGCUCAAAUCUCCGAUGACUCGUCAGAGUACGAUGCGGUGUUCGCCGCCAUCCAUCGACGACGGAUGAACUGGAUCCCUGUGCUUCACAUGCAGAAGUACUUCUCCAUCGCCGACGUGGCCGCCGAGCUCCACCGCGUCUCGGAGAGGAGACGGCCGUCGGAGGAUCCUCUGAAGGAUGAGGUUCCGAUCUCGGAGAAGGAGGUCGAGAAAUCGAUGGCUGAGGUUUCUCCGGUGGAGGAAUCAGGUGAUGAUUCCUCCAUUGAUUCGAAGGUUCCCGAAGACGGUGUUGGUGGUGGUGCCAGCGAUCGAGGAUCACAUUGUGGAAAAACUUGUUUAGAUGCUAAUCAGAUACGCUCUGACCCUGAAGUUAGUGCGACACUUCCAGAGAGAAUCAAGGUGUCCAAAGGAUUUGUAUCCAAAGAACAAGUGAAAGGGAGAAUGGUUAAUAUUGUCAAAGGUUUGAAACUUUACAAAGAUAUAUUGACAGAUUCAGAGCUGUCGAAGCUUUCUGAAUUUGUAAAUGAACUUCGUCUUGCAGGUCAAAGGGGAGAUCUCUCAGGUGAAACUUUCAUUUCCUUCAACAAACAAAUGAAGGGGAGCAAAAGAGAAAUCAUUCAGCUUGGUGUUCCCUUGUUUCAGCCAACCAAAGAUGAGGCAGCAAACAAUAUGGAACCAAUUCCUCAAGUCCUACAAACUGUCAUCGAUCAACUAGUUCAAUGGCGUUUGUUACCUGGAAGCAAAAAACCAACAAGUUGCAUCAUCGACUUCUUUGAUGAGGAUGAAAGCUCACAGCCAUACUUCAAACCACCACACCUGGAUAAUCCCAUCUCUACUCUUUUGCUCUCUGAUACUACAAUGGCUUUUGGAAGAGUGCUAACCAGUGAUCCGCAAGGAAACUAUAAAGGUUCUUUCACUCUCCCAGUGCAACGAGGGUCACUCCUGGUGAUGCGUGGGAAUAGUGCAGACAUGGCAAGGCAUGUUGUAUGUCCAUCAUCAAACAAAAGAGUCUGCAUAACAUUCAUCAAAGUUAAACCUCCCAACAACCAAACUUGUUCAGAUGGUUCUCUUGUUAAUGAAGUAAGUCAACCAGGUGGAAUCAUUGGAUAUGGUUCCAAUAUUGGUGGUUCUUUUGCUACAUGGGGACCAGUGAUCAUGCUUGAACCUCCCAAGACACCAAAUGGAAUUAAUAUAGUUCCAGGGAGUAAUGGAACUGGGGUUUUCUUGCCAUGGAGUCCUGGACCAAAGAAAUUUGUCAGGCAUCUUCCACCUAGAAUUCAGAAGAGGCGGCUUCCUUAUUUGCCAACUAUCAUGGUGUGAGUUGUUAUUAUUAUUAUUAUUAUUGUUGUUGUUAUUAUUGUUAUUAUUAUUUGGGUAAUUUAUCCUUCUGAUGUUGGUUAA